AUGGCUGACGUCUUAAGCCUAUUGCGUGAGUACACCAUCGCGAAUAAAAACAUUGCUGAAAAUGAAAAUGAAAUUAUUUUCGGUGAAUUUGCAUGGCCACGAAAGACCAAGACAAAUUAUAUUAUGUGGGGUACUGGCAAGGAUGGCUCGUCUAAGGAUUAUUACACUCUCGAUUGUAUAUUAUAUCUUUUGAGACACGUUAAUCUUCCACAUUCGAAAUAUGUGAGAGAUGCUGCUACUGACAAGGUUCCAGUUGUGCGUUUACCGGAUCGUCGUGAUUUACUCAACUACCUAAAUGGAACCAUUGACACAACAGCAAGUAUUGACAGAACCGUCCCUGUUGAUAUAUCUUUGCGGAGAAUUAUUGCAAAAACUUCAGCAGAUACACAGAACUUACGCUCUGAUAUUGAUAUGCCUUCUGAAGCGAAACGACCUAGAUUGGCCACUUUCGAUACCGAGGAGCUUAAAUCUGUUGACGAUCAGGAUGUAGCUAAAGGCCCAUCUAAUCUAGAAUCUACCGAAGGUAGUGCUCUCCCCUCAGUUAUACCACUUGAUGCAAUUGAAUCUCUCCGAGCAAAGUUUCGGGCCAAUCAGCAAGCACCGAAGCCUGGUACUACCACAGAGCAACCCAUUGGAGUAGACAAUCUCGAUCCUACUGCGGUGGUAACUGGUGAUGCUCUUCUACGAAGGACACCUGGACAGGCAAUUCUUUCUCGAAAGUCUGAUCCAAAUUAUCAAGGUCCUAAUUCAAUUAUGAUUGUGCAUGUUGAUGAUCAGCAUGCAGCGCUUUCGCGUGCAGCUGAUCCUAAACGAGCCGCGGCCUUGGACGCCGAUCUGGAUGCUGUUCGAGUUGUUUCAUCUCGUGAACGACGUUGGCGAACUAGAUCGAAUAUCCUCCAAAGCCAGGCAAAGACGUUUUUUGAAAACAUUGUUUCGGGAAUUCUUCACAAUGUUUCACUCAAAGAGAACGCCCGAUUGCAACCUGCUGAUCCCUAUGGUGGUGCGGGGGGAGGUAGAGCAGCUAACAAUUUCUAUAAGACACCCCUGGCGCCAGUCUCCAAUCACCUUAAUCCACUCAAUCAACCUCCCACCAUGCAGUAUUCUCGUUACGAUCAGGAGCGUUUUACUGCGGGCAGGGAGGACACAGCCGGUUUUCGCAUCGAUACCAUGAGUUCUUAUCACGGCAAGGGUCUUGCUUCAAUGGUUGGUGGUGCUAAUGUCGAUGACGGUGCCAAGUCAAAUGACCACCGAUUGAUUCCAGAUAAUACUUCAAUGGUACCGCCUCCUACUUUAGGCCAUGAAAAAUCCCGAGGAGCUCGAACUCCGAGAGAUCCGAGAGCUAUGGGCCUUGGAACACCAGGUCCUGGGGGACUCACUCCUGACCCAUAUCGGAGCACACGCACCCUGGUGUCUCGGGCAAAACCUAGAGCAUCUCGUGUACCAAUUAUUAUUGUUCCAGCUGCACCAACUAGUCUUAUCACCAUGAUUAAUGCUGCGGAUAUUCUUCAGGACUUUAAGUUCAUUUCACCUCAAGACAAAAUGAAAGCAGGAGCCAAACGUCAAAAUGAGCUGACAAUUAACCGUUUAAGAUCAGAUGGUCGAACCGUGCCUUAUCGGGUCGUUGAUCAACCAAUACGUCUUCAGCCAGACGAAUGGAAUCGUGUUGUAGCUGUUUUUGUUCAAGGACAAACUUGGCAGUUCAAAGGAUGGCCCUAUGGAGGCGAUCCAGCUCUUAUCUUUUCAGCUGUUAUUAGGAAUGUUGAGUUUUUUUCCAACGGAGCAUUCAGUUUAUUAAUGAAGGUGGUAUACAUUGUACUAUUCGAACUAAAUGGUUGUGUUGAUAAGGCUGAAGUAAAGGGGUUUCACCUGAAGUAUUCGAACAUGCCGCUUGAUGCAAAUGUGUCUAAGUGGAAUGUGACAGUGAUAAAUCUAGAUCAAAGGCGCCAUUUGGACAAAGUGAAUUUCCAAGGAAUUUGGGAUCAGUUGGAAAGAUUUAUCGCUAAAAACAAGCCUUUCCUUCGUUAUUAA